GUGUUGCCGUCGCUGGCUGAGGGUCGGGGUUUGGAUCGGUUACCUCACCGGACUCGGUCUGUGUGAUGUCCGCGCGAGCUCUCCUCCGGGCACGAGCGGUGAGGAUGCUGUAUUGGGCUGAUUUCUAAGCAGCAUGGAGGAGGCUGCCAGCCAGCUGGAGAGGGACCAUGUUCACAGCGUCUAUGAGAGGAUUGCGCCCUUCUUUAACGACAGCCGCUACAAGGCCUGGCCCAGAGUCAAGCAGUUCCUGCUGGAGCAGAAACCAGGCAGUAUCGUGGCUGAUGUGGGAUGCGGCAAUGGCAAAUACAUGCACAUCAACGACAGCAUCUUUAAGCUGGGCUGUGACGUGUGCCGGCCGCUGGUGGACUCGGCCUGGAGUCAGGGUCAUGAGGUCCAGCUGUGUGACGGCCUGCGGCUGCCCUACAGGGACGGCUGCUUCGACGCCGUGCUCUCAAUUGCAGUCAUCCACCAUAUGUCGACUAAAGAGCGUCGGAUCCGAGCGCUGAAGGAGAUGGCGCGGACGCUGCGAGUCGGAGGCCGCAUCAUGAUCUACGUGUGGGCUAUGGAGCAGAAGAGGCGCAAGUUUGAGAAGCAGGACAUCUUCGUCCCCUGGAACCCGAACCCUCCCCUGUCCCCGAGAGGGCCUGGGAGACGGAGGCGCCGGGGCAACGGAGCCCAAAGCGUUAGUGACGCACAAGACUCCAACGACAAGCACAGGAACGUGAAAAGCACAUCCUCCAUUGUGGAUGAGGAAGAUCCGGGCAGCCCUGGUCAGCAGAGGAAACAGAAGCUCUGGUUUUUCUCCAGGUCACUGGACUCCGUGCUGGACUUCAGCAGCCUGAGUGUUUCCCGCUCCUCCUCCAGGGAGCUCAGUGCUUUCUGUAGCCCCAUUGGAGAAACUAGAGGUGAAACGGAGGCUGGUGACGGCACGCCGCUUUCCCGUGGCCGAGGGCUCAUUAGGCAGGUGUCCAGCUUCUUCUGCUCCUCAUCAUCCAGGACCAGUCUAGAAGAGGAUGUCUUCGUCUCCGACCCACAAGACCAGGCACAUAAAGUGGACAGCAACAACACCAGGAACGGGAACGAAACAGUCGCCGUCGCGCUUGUCCAGGACUGUUCGUCCGUUCCGUUACCGGACUUGGUGUCAUGUCAGAGGGAGCGAGCAGACAGUAUAGGUCUUGAGGAGAUGGACAGUGGAGAGCUUGGACAAGACGCACAUGAGAGGCAGGAAAGCCCUGUGCCUCUUCAGCAGAAUGAGGGGUGGAGCACAGAGAAGCUGAAAGAAUCAUGUCUGCGCUAUUAUCACGUCUUCAGGGAAGGAGAACUGACUCAGCUGAUUGAGGAGCACGUAGAGGAGCUUCAUGUUCUGCACACCUGCCUGGAUCACGCCAACUGGUGCGUUGUGGCUGAGAAGGUCCAAGUGUGGAGAGUUUGAGUUUAUUUAUUCUGAUAUUUAUUUACAUUUUUUAAG